AUGGUUCAAUAUAUUCGCUUUCUGCGCACUCCACAAAGUGACGUGGGAAAAAAGGCUAUCGACAUCUCCGCAGUCGUAGCCGUCACUACAGACUUGGGUGAUGCAUUCUUUAGUGAGGACGUCGAACUGCUCGCAGAUGUUGUCGAGGCCAACUCUCCCCAUGGUGUCCUAUACUCUCAGACUAUUAAAUGGCAGGCUUCAACGCGAGCUCUAAAGUUUGCCGUCCAUUGUCCUGGCAAGUAUCUUUCUAGACCUGUGCGCCUCCAUGUGACUACCAAGGAAACCGAGACUGCCUCUCAAGCAUUAGAAAUCCCCAAAAUCCUGGAUGUUUGGAGUUGUGUCUUCCUUCUGUCUGAUAAGCAGCGGACGGACCCAAUCGUGGAGCGACGAAUUGCUUUGUCAAAUAGGAGCGUGGUGAGGAUGUGGGAGGAAACCGGUGAUAGCAUUGCGCGGCAUAUCUGGGAUGCAAGUCUAGGUUUUCUUGUCUAUUUCGCCCAUGCACUGUCUACAUCCCCCAUCGAUGGAAUGUCACUGUUAGUGUCCCUGUUCAAGUCCAGCAAGCUUGUCAAAUGCGACCUUCUCCUUACCGACCUGGAGGACGCUCAGGAGAUUUUGGCGAGCAAUAUCCGAUGCGCUGCGCCCGUGGCAGGAUCUACAGUUCGGUCGGAAGUGUUGGACUGGGCCUCGAGCCUUGAUGAUAGCUCCAAUGCCAAUUACGAUCUCAUUUUGGUUUCCGAUUGCAUCUACAACCCAGACAGCAGUCUGCACUUGGUAGAGACCUUGAGGCAACUGGCCACUCGUACACCCGAAACCGUCAUACUGGUUGGAUUCAAGCGACGACACACAGAGGAUGAUUUGUUCUUCGCACGGAUGCGCACUGCAAACUUCGACAUCCUCGAAACCCUCAAGAUUCCGCUCCCCUAUAUUGACACCGACCAAGACGUGGAUCGACCAACCGCCGAGUUCUUUACCUAUAAGAUGGGCACUCGGCCACAGAACGACUCCUAA